CCUAUGGCCUCGUCCGCACGCUGGCGUGUCUCUGAAGACACCACUGCACGCCCGGAGAACGACGUGUGGCAAACAAGCCACGACAUCUGGAGGUAAAGGCAGUAAAGUGGGCUGGAACAGAGGUCUAUCAGGGAUCUGAUAUGGAACAGAUCGGACCCUCCUGCUGCGAGGCCCCUUCUGCCUCUUGCAACCGGUACAUUUACCGUCGUGGCAGCACUGAUCUGGAUGCUCGCGGGGGUGGCGAUGUUGGGUUUGUCCGCUUCUUGUUACAGAAAUGCGUGGUUGAGUUUCUGUUUACCUCCGUGUACAAUGAGACGAGGAGCAAGGCACGCUUCCACGCCGGGGCUUUGACUCCAGGCACUCGCAGCUAUUGUUCAGUGCCUUGCCCAGUGAUCCAGGUGACCUGCUAUGCCGAACCUCAUUUGAGCGGCAGUAGCGGGAAGAGGAAGUUCGAUGUUCAGCAACAGUGGAAAUCUUGGUACUCCAUACCACAAGUCCGUACACUGUGGUCGAGUAUGAGAAGGGCCAGCCACCGCUGCAGCCAUUGAGUAUCAGGGAGCAGUGCACAACAGCUGAGGAAAUGCCUGCCCUUUUGGGCAGUGACAGCUUCAGUGUUGGCAUUGUUUGUUUAGCCAAAGGCAAAGGACGAUGCCGACAGUGUCUGCCAGUUUUGUCGACACCCUCAAGUUGAUGCUGCUGAGACGAGUCUGGCCGCUGCUGGAGGCGUCACGUGGACUGCACGUGAUUGCAGUGGUUGUCGAUAAGGUAUCUGGGUAUUGAUGCAAGGCUGUUGUUCAAGAUAUGUGAUUCCAUGCCAGUGGGACAAGUCAUGACCAGCCUAAGGCCCAAUCUAGAAUCUAUCUUUUGCGGUUUACUAUUCCUGAACACCGAACACCGCGAACGAAAUGCGUCUAGUUCUAACGACAUCUAAGGAAUCUUGACAACCAGCCUUCCCCCACUCACCUCACCCCUUCUCAUGCUGUCCAAUGCCCGGUUGACCGAACUGAAUCCUUCUUCGACACCCAAAAUGUUAGGUGGCACCAGGAGCCCUGUCGCUAAUAACCGUUCCAACCACAGCAUCAUGCUCUCGCCCACCUCGGGCACCUCGUGGAAAAGUUUGAUAGGUACAUUGUGGAAAGUGACGUUCGAAGGAGGGGAGCUCUUGGGUAGUCCCGUUAGGCCGAUUAAAUGUGCAGGUUGAGGUGUUGAUUCUGUGGCGGAGGGUGGGUCGUCUUCAUUGGCAUAAUGCUGCUGCAGACAUUCCAAUAAAUGCGUUGCGGUUUCCCGUCCCACUGUAUCGACAGCAAACCGAAGUCGCUUUCCAGUGGCGGAUCUGACAAUCUCAAUUGCUCGAUGAGGGUCAUGGUUGUCCACCACGAUAUCCGGUCUCGUAAUGUCGUUCGCCGACAGCUUGACGGCAUGUUUCCGCACGUCGACAACGCUGAUAGUCCUGAGGCCAGCCAGUCGUGCUAUCUGGUUUAUCAUGUAGGCGCUUGUGGACGAGCCUCCCCAAAUGGCAAGCCAAUCGCCCUCUUUGGCCCGCGACUCUCGGUCGAUACCAUUUGAACAUUCAGCCCUGAUAUCCUCUGGUAACCUCUCGGGGUCGAUACCUCUCACCAGGGAUAACAGAUCCGGGCCAUUUGCGAUGCUGGAGAAGUCAAGCCCCGCGCAAAUACCAAGGCAGAGGGCUGCAGCCACAAAGGCAACGCCUAAGGCAGACCCGGCUUCCGGGGAGACUCUUGGGGGAAGCCGAGCGGCAUUGAAAUCAGUGGCGACGACAUACUCCUGAUAAGCCGCUUUGCGAAGGUCCCGGUAGUCCGUUGAGAUGACAAUGACCUUGUCUCCAGGUCUGAACCGUGACUUUCGUUUUGGGGUGAUUGCAACUUCUCCUACCAGCUCCCGGCCCGAUAUAUAGGGCAACUCUGGGAUACCGAAAUUGAAAUCUCUGGACGGCGAAGAGCGUAUGUUAGAUGCAAGCUUCCAUGUGUGAAAGCGCGGUCGUGCUUACGGUGCCUUCCAAUCGAUUGGGUUCAGCCCAAUAACUAAAUUCCGAACCAAAAAUUCCCGAUUACCAUCAAGUGAAGGUGUUGGGUGAUCUGAAACUUCCUCAUAUGGUUGCCUCGGGCCCCGAAGCAGCAGUACACGUUGGUGAGGGGCAACCUUAGACGGCCGCGCCGGGACCUUUUCAGGAUCCUGGCACAAAAUAGGGACACCCAAUUCUUUAGGAGGACUUGAGAUGCCCAGCGAGCUGAAUAGAUGCAAGAAGCCCAUGUUGUUGAGGACGUGUUUGAUAUCAGGCCAAAGAAGGAUUAGAAAAAAAAGCUGAAG